AUCCACAUCUCAAGAAUAUCAAUAUGGUCAGAGUCUCUGUUUUGCAAGAUUGUUUGAACAACAUCAACAACGCUGAAAAGCGCGGUAAGAGACAAGUUCUUGUUCGUCCUUCUUCCAAGGUUAUUGUUAAGUUCUUGUCUGUUAUGCAGAAGCAUGGCUACAUCGGCGAAUUUGAACAAAUUGAUGACCAUCGUUCUGGCAAGAUUGUUAUUCAACUUAAUGGCCGUAUUAACAAGUGUGGUGUUAUCUCUCCUCGUUUCAACAUUAAGCUCGGUGAGCUUGAAAAGUGGACUGCUAACUUGUUACCUGCUCGUCAAUUCGGUCACUUGGUCUUGACUACUUCUGCUGGUAUUAUGGACCAUGAAGAAGCUCGUCAAAAGCACACUGGUGGUAAGAUUCUUGGUUUCUUCUACUAAGUCCUCGGAUACCUUGCCAAAAAAAAUAAAAAGUUUUUUAUAUAUAUAUAAACUCUGUACAUAAAUAAUUAA